AUGGAUUCAUUCUCAAAGAAUAAAGAAUAAGAACUUCUUAGUAAAUUGCCUGUCUUACAAGUUGUUAUUCAAAAAGAUAAUAGUUCACCUGAAAAAUAGACUUAUGAAAUGGAAGAGCAAGGUUUGCCUGAAGACUCAAAUGAAGCAAAAGCUAUGAUAGGGAAACCUAUGGAGGAAAUUAGGUUAAGAAAAUUGAUGAAAGAAAAACUUUAAACAACAAGCAUACCCUCACUAGAGUUUGAGGAUGCUGAAGGAAAUACUAUUAAAUUUGAAGAAAUAUAUGAUUAUCAUAAAUUUCUUGGUUGUGGUAGUUUUGGAUUUGUUGUUUCAGCAGUUGAUAAACUAACUGGAGAGCAUGUAGCCUUAAAGAUCGUUGACACUUCAAGUGAGAGUUCAGUUCAAUGCAUUCAUAGGUACUCCCUUAAGUAAUUUUAAAUUUAGAUAAAAGAAUUUGAAAACUAUAUUGUUCUUUAAAUUGAAAAUGCAAAAGGAGGGACCAUUGCAGAACUGAUUAAAAAGAGACAUCAUCCUGCGUAAUCAAAUGAAACAAUUGAUAAGAACAUAAUGAAACAGCAGCAAAAAGGUUUAAGUGAAGAUGAAUGUGCCAAAGUUAUUAGAGGUAUUUUACUGGGCUUGAAGCACAUUCAUGCCUUAGAUUUUGUUCACAGAGACUUAAAGCCGAGUAAUGUUGUGAUUGACGACAUUAAUAAUCUUGAGAGUGUUAAGUUGGUUGAUUUCGGUUUAGCUAUUAAAUUCUAAAGUCGAUAAGGACUUGAUGAUGCUUGCGGUACUUUAGUCUACUAAGCACCAGAGUAAAUGUUUGGAGGAACUUCAUAUGGCAAACCAGUUGAUAUCUGGGCAGUUGGCUUUAUAAUGUUUGAGCUCAUCUCUGGAAAGCAUCCUUUAUGGAGUAGGAAAGAGGAUAAAAUCUAAUACAAGGAAAAACUGAGGAACUUAAAAAAACUUGAUUUUUCCUAUCAUAAGUUUUCUGCACUUUCCAUUAACUUGAUAGAAAAGUUGUGCCAAAUCAAACCAUCAUCAAGAUAUAAAGCUGAUUAAGCUUUAAAUCAUCCUUGGAUUACUCGGAAUUUCUCUGACAAGAUACCAAGAACAGUAUACGAGGAAAACAUUUAUAGAUAUGAGAUUGAUGCUAAAUUUAGAAGAUGCACUAACCUUAUUCUAUUCCUGUCAAUAGCAAAGAAUCAUAAAUAGAUCAUGAUGGUUAAGGAAUAAAAAUUGAGACAACAACAAGAAGAUGAGUAUUAAGAAUAAUAAAGACAGCUUGAAUAGAUACAUAAUGAAUACUAGAUUUAACAGUAAAGAAUAAGCAUAAAUGUAGAUCAAUUAGAUGAAACAGUGCCAAUAAAGACUGAGGAUUUAGUUCCACAUGAAACUCCUGAUUUUGCCAAUUUCAAGGAAUCUAGUAUUAAGAUGAGCUAGUUCAUAAAAUUUGAUAAUUUGGGCUAUGACGAUGAGGAAGAUGAAAGAUUUCUUGAACAUUUGAAGAGUUAAAUUAAAUAGAAAUAACAGCAAAGGUAAGAAAGUUACUAGCCUUCAACGGAUGACAAGGAAAAUCCCUCUUAUUAUCAAAACAGAAGUGUUGACAUUUAGCUACAAAAUAAUUCGGCAAAUAACUUCUAAGAUCUAACGAAUCAGAACAGUCAAAGCAUGAUUGAGAGCGAAAAUGGUAAAAGUUCUAAGUCAAGUUAAAGUUAUUACAGCAAUAAUGAGCAAAAGAAAAUGACAAUUACAAAUAGCAAAGAUGAAAAAGAAAAGAAUGAAAGCAACCCCUAAUUUAAAUAGCAAGUAAGUGUAAAAAACUCAGUUGCAACAAGCGAUAGGUUACUAAUUGGUAAACCUCCACUAGGAAUGAGAGAUUCAUCAGUUAAUGGUAGAGACCAAGGAGGAAACAGUGCAUCGAGUGGGCCAAGGACUUAAAAAAGUUUUAGGAUUCACAGAACAGGGAAAAGGACAACUAAUAAUAUGAAUUUAAACAGUCAUAAUGCGAAUGAGAACAGCUCUAAAUCUAUUCAGUCAAGAAAAUUUAGCCCAAAUAAGAUUGGACUUGAACAUUAUGACAUGGAAAACGGAAGAAAUUAGUCUAAAGAGAGAAUUGAUGAAACAAAUGCCUCUUCUAAAAUGCAGACUAAAAUGUCUCGUCGAAACAGCUCAUUAUCUGAGAAAAGGCUGAAUUUCAAUAAUGCCAAUAGCAACAAUCAAAGUGAGGAUGAUUCUCAUGAGGAUUACAUUGUUACUCCAUCACAUAAUUUGAAUGAACAGACCAAUCCUUCAGCUUAGUAAAUUCCAUCGUCAAGUGAUUUCUCAUCAGCACUCUCUCAGAAUCAGAAGAUGAGGAAAAAGGAGUCAUCAAAUACUCAUAAAAAGAAAUCAAAAUUAAGAACUUAGGUGAAGAGACAGAGAUCUGCAAUCUAAUAAACUAUAACUAAUCAUAAAAAUUACUUGAAUGAGGCUUCUGCUAAAAUUAAAUUGCCGCCUCAAAUCUAAUUGCCUUCCUAGAAUAUACUGCAAAACUAAAAAAUUCAGCCAAGUUCUGAGCAGAAGAUGCAUCGAAAGGAAAACUCUCAACUAUAAAUGAUAUAGUAGCCUAAAGCAGCUCUAGGAAAUACAGAUUAAUCAGUUGCAUAAAACAGCUAAAUGAUUAAAUAAAGGUAAAACUCAACUGCUAGAAAUACUGCUCUUCCAACACGUAAAGCACUAGUAAGUGAGACCUUUGACAUAAUUAAGCAUGGACCUGCUUUGAAGGAAAAAACUCCUGAGGUUAGUCCAACUAGGAUGAAUAACAACACGAGUUAUCAGGAAAAUUAGCCUUAUCAUUUAAAACCACUUAAUACAUUUGCAAAUCUAAUGCCUUGCUCUCCUCAUGAAGAGCCCACAGAAGAUGAAUAGUUUUUCCAUACUGGAAACAGUUACCAAUAAUAUGGGAUCUUAAGUGGAGGAGUCUCCAGCAUUAACGGAGGACGUCGAAACGUUUCUUAAGCAAACCCUUUAUCUCCUUUUGAGUAAUUCUUGUAAAACCUAAUGAAACAAAAUGAAAUUGAAAAGACUCCUCAGUAUUAAGUCCAAAGACAAGUAUAAAACCCUCUAAUGUAUGUCUAGCAGCCUUUAGACAUGCAGCAUAGGCAAAGGUAAAUGGAUAACAUUAUCAAGAAAAACACCUUGACAGCUCAAUAAUAUCCACAACUUAACAGAUAUAAUGAUAAGCGAGUUGAUGAUUACUACGGAAGCACCUCUAAUAAUUUGACAGGACUUCCUCCUAGUGCCCUAUAAAAAUAGAGAACGGUGAAUAAAGAGAGUUCUAUGAGUGAAAAAUUCUAAUAAUAUAAUAACAAUAUUCUAGGUGGCUACACUUUGGCUACUAGCAACAGUCAAGUAGGAGGUGGAGCAGCAGUAGGUUAAAAUAACACCAUCAUGGAUCAAAUAGAUAAUCAGCGAAUAUUUAGAAACACCUCAGCUGUAAUUAACACCUCUAAGAAUUCAAGUACCUCCACAAGUAACAACCAAAUGAAGAAAUAAGUGUCAAACUACUAAUAGCAACAGUAAUCAAGAUGA